AUGGGCGACGAGUUAGCUAGGCCUGGGAUGGAGGGAGGUAGAGAUGAGGGGGCAGAGAUUGGGGACGGGCAAGGGAUGAGAGAUGAGGAGUACAAGAUGGACAACAAGAAAAGGAUGUUGAUUCAUACAUCAGUGGCAUAUAUGCUUGUGUCAAUGUUCACUUUGGUUGUGAAUUCUAGGAAAAGAAAACAGAGAGAAAGCAUUACUUAUGGUCCAAUAGAUGAAACGGAUAGGAUGAGGAGAGAGUAUCUAGAAAACAAAGUAUGGAAGAAUGACACUACUUGUUUAAACAUGCUUAGAAUGAGAAAAGCUCCAUUUUUCCGAUUUUGCCAACUAUUUAGGGACCGCAACUUGUUAAAGGACACAAUACAUACAUCUAUUGAGCUACAAGUAGCAAUGUUCCUGCACACAGUUGGGCACAACGUCAGGAAUAGAGUAAUUGGCUUGAACUAUGGUAGAUCCGGUGAAGUUGUUAGCCGUUAUUUUAAAAGAGUCCUCCAUGCCAUCGGUGAGCUACGAGAUGAGCUUAUUAGGAAGCCAUCAUUGGAGACCCCUGCGAAAAUAGAAGGGAACUAUCGGUGGGAUCCAUACUUUAAGGAUUGUAUUGGAGCUAUUGAUGGUACACAUGUGCGAGCCUCCGUUACAAAGGAUUUGGAGGCCUCCUUUCGUGGUAGAAAGACUAAUACUACUCAAAAUGUGAUGGCAGCCGUUGAUUUUGAUCUUCGGUUCACAUAUGUAUUGGCUGGUUGGGAGGGGACAGCACAUGAUGCACUUGUAUUACGUGAUGCUUUAGAACGCGAGAAUGGUUUACGUGUCCCACAAGGAAAAUAUUAUCUAGUUGAUGGCGGAUAUGGAGCUAAACCCGGGUUCUUGCCUCCUUUUCGACGUGUGAGAUACCAUUUGAAUGAGUGGGGAAGCAAUCCCGUGCAAGAUGAGAAGGAGCUGUUCAACCUUAGGCAUUCUUCUCUACGUGUGGGUGUAGAGCGUGGAUUUGGGUCACUCAAAGGAAGAUUCAAAAUCCUAGAUGAUGCCACACCAUUUUUCCGUUAUCCUACCCAAGUAGACAUUGUUGUAGCUUGUUGCAUUAUUCACAACUGGGUUAUAAAUGAUGGAAUAGAUGAAUUUAUCAUACCCGAGGAUGAGUGGACACCAAACAUUACUCAUGCCUCAACAUCAAGUGGCCAAGCACAAGAACUUGCAUACAUGACAAACUUUAGGCAAGAACUUGCUGAUCAAAUGUGGGAAGAUCGACAAAACUAUAUGCAGCAACAAGAUAUGUAA